AUGGUUGCAUCACAAGAUAUUGCCAAGCGGGAUGUAUCUUCGAUGAGGACCGGGGGAGAGAAAAAUGGUGACAAUAAUGCGGCGGAAGAAUUGAGAGAUCUGGAAUCAGAUGCCGAGUCUGUGGAUACUAAAGCUGGGUCUAUUUGGACGAUUAUGGGAUCUGCAAUGGCAAACUAUUCAGAUGGAUAUCAACAGGGCUUGGCCUCAAGUACAAAUGUCGUAUUCAAUCACCUCCUCGGCACCAAAAUCUACACUUCCACAAUCCAAACCCGAAUUUCCAAUGCCCUACUCAUCGGGCGGCAUGCUCUUUACAUCCGCCCUCGUGAUCAUCGGAUCUCUCCUCUCAACGCUUGCAUUGCAAGUCCAGCCCUCCUCACACAUGCUCUGGUACCUCACCAUCGCCCGCGGCAUCGCCGGCGUGGGCGUUUGGAAGGCGAAUAUCCGUCCUCCGCCGCCGCGGCGCUCGAAGGCUCCGCCGAUUCCUUCGAUGCGCAAAGAGGUCCCAUCCAAGUCUUCAUCUCGACCCUGAUGGCCACAACCGGUUCUCCCACCUGCACCCUCGUCUAUCUCCUCGCGCUGCUUGCCUCGCACAACAAUCUCACCGUCGCCUUCCACGCCAUCUACAGCAUAAGCACCCUCCUCCCGCUCGUCGUCAUGCUCGUCCGUCUGCGCAUGACGGACGGGAAACUCUUCCGCGCAUCGAAUUUCCGCACACGGCCUACACCCUGGCGUUUCGUGCUGCGCACCUACGGGCUUCGUGCUCUGGGCACCAGCACCGCCUUCUUCCUCUACGAUUUCGUCAAUUUUCCAAAUAGCAUCAUGAGCGCCGCCAUUAUCAACGGGCUCGUGCCCGGGAAAAAUAUCCGCACCGUCGCCAUCUGGCAGUUUGUCCUCGCCAUCUUCCCCAUUCCGGGGGUGCUGCUGGGUAUGUGGCUCGUGAACCGCAUCGGACGCAAAUGGACUGGCAUUCUCGGGUUUGCGGGCUACAUCUUCUUGGGAUUUAUCAUCGGGGGAUGUUAUGGGAGACUGACGACGGCGGAAAAUCUCCCCGCGUUCAUCGUGCUGUAUGGACUCUUUGCGAGUCUGGGACACAUGGGACCCGGUGCCACGAUUGGGUUGAUGAGCGCGGAGAGUUUCCCGACUGCGAUUAGGGGUUGGGGUAUGGGGUGA